GUGUGUUUUCGGGCGCCCGCGACAGAAAUCCCGCUGUUUUGCCGGCGGUGUGCAUGGUGGGGAAUGGGAGGGGGGAGCGAAAUUCCGUGGGGCCAGAGGCUGUAGCAUGGCGCCCCCCGACACGUCAUCGGGACUGAGGGGAAAAUUUACAACCCUUUGCCAUAAAAGUUUACGACCGGUUCAGCGAGUGGAUUGGACGCCGCCGAGCUUGUGAAAGACUCUCAACAUGGAUUUUUUUUCUUCUCUCUCUACCUCUAUCUUUCUUUAAUUUCGACUCGCCUUAAUUCGAGGAUUCAGAUGGUUGUGCGAAAGUGUGGGUGCAUGUGUGUGACCGCCUCCCUCUCCCUCCCUCCCCCCCCCCCUCUCUCUCUCUCUCUCUCUCUCUCUCUCUCUCUCCCGCCUGCUGAUGUCUGUGUGGUGGAGUUCCUUGGCGGGAAGGGGGGUUCCAGCCUCUCCCUCCCUCCCUCCUCCUUGUCCUUCGAUCUUUUUCUUUCCUAAGAAUUGAACGAAUUCAGUUUCCCCUCCUACUCCUCCUCUCCCUCCUCCCCCCCCCACCCACCCCACCAAACAACAACAAAACACACUGAAGCACUAUCUUUUAAAAGAUGAAAAUUGAUGUCAGCGAGGAAGUGGAUGGUCCGGAGAUAUUGGAGAGCAGUUUCCCGGCGAUAGUGCGGUAAACCUCGCUUCGAGAGGGGAAUCGCGGGAGUCUCUCCCACUGAAUCCGAACUAAAAGAAAAAUACGAGGAUACGGAGGUCUGACGUGUUACCGUUUCCUGGCGAAUCUUUAAGUCUCCAAUUUGUCACACGUGUCUGUGUGUGUGUGUGUGUGUGUGUGUGUGUGUGUGCGUGUGUGUGUGUGCGUGUGUGUGUGUGUGUGUGUGUGUGUGUGUGUGUGUGUGUGCGAGUGUGUGUGUGUGUGUGUGUGUGUGUGUGUGCGUGUGUGUGUGUGUGUGUGUGUGUGUGUGUGUGUGCGUGUGUGUGUGUGUGUGUGUGUGUGUGUGCGAGUGUGUGUGUGUGUGUGUGUGUGUGUGUGUGCGUGUGUGUGUGUGUGUGUGUGUGUGUGUGAGAGAGAGAGAGAGAGAGAAUGAAAUCCUCCUUAAAUUCCACACGGAGAGACGCGGCCACGGACACACGGUUCCAGGUAUCACCUGCAGCCCAGCGAAGGACAUCGAGCGAGAGGGCGACUCCGAAUGACCUCCGCCUCUAAUCUCUCACAGGACGACCCCACCCACUCCUACCCGCACUCGCACCGACGAAUACGGCACAGGAAGAUCCCACCGCCAGGCUGGUGGGCUCGGGAAGGUGGUGAAAGGGGACGGUGGCGCUGGGGAGAGGGCGGAGGACGGGGACGGGGACAUAAUGCAGGAGACGCUACCCUAUGGGAAGCUGACCUCGCACGGCGCAUUGCCCGUCCCGUCUCCGCUUCGGCCGCCCAAGCCUCUCGUCGCCUCCCCGAACGCCGUCCGCGGCUCAUCGGCUCCCCUUCCCGCACGGGACUGUCGCGCCAGCUGGUCCGGAGCAGAGCGAGUGUUCCCGUGGAUGAAGGAAAGCCGCGGGGUCUGUCCGCACAGCUCGCUGCACCCAGGAAGGGCCGAGGAUCCGGGCCGGCGAGCCCGUACAGCCUACAGCAGCGUGCAACUUUUAGAGUUGGAGAAAGAGUUUCACCUGAGCCGCUACGUGCGAGGCCCGCGGCGCCGGGAGAUGGCCUGCUUUCUCCGCCUAUCUGAGCGCCAGGUCAAGGUCUGGUUCCAGAAUCGCCGCAUGAAACACAAGCGGGAAGCGCGGUGGAGGCACGGAGCCAGUGGAACAGCGCCUGGGCCCCCCGGAGACCCCGUCCCCGUUGAAUCCUGUCCGCCUUCCACCUUCAGCGGACUGGCACGCUCGCCCUCGCCUUUCUCCAGCGCCCCGUCUUCCCCCGGCGACAUCCCGGUCAACUACGCUGGCUGCCCUGCUCAGCUAAGCCUCGGGCCGCAGGAUGGUCCCUGCGGCGUUUGGGCGCGGCACGGCCCCCGGCUCACCCACCUCUGAGGACGGGGUCGUCGCGAGCAGCCUGCGCCCUUUUGCACUGUAUAUAUCACGGAUAUUUUCUACGAUUUGCUCAGAUUCUAAUAUAUAUUAAUUGUAUAAAGACUGUACUGUUCACUGGCUUGGUGUAUGAGUAUGAGCUUUUGUCCAUGUGGCAAGGCGCGUUUGGCUUAUGAAUUGUAUCUGUGUUAAUAUACACAUAUAUAUUACACCAGGUGUACAUACAUAUAUUAAUACAUACUGUACACAGACACACACAAUGAUGCAUAUAGACAUAAACAGAGACUCAUACACAAAUGCGCGUGCACGCACACACAAACCGUGACAGGCAAGUACACACAAACACGGACAGAUAUGCAUGGAUAGCCAAACAACCUCAGAGAGAGACAGGCACGUAUAUGCACCGCUUAACCUCACAGACAGACAGAUACACAUAGAUAAACACAUACAGCCACACGCACAUAUACAUGCAUAGACGUGCAGGUGCACACAAGCGCAAUCACAUAUACAGCCACACAACUUUGGCCUCACAUACAAACACGCUGACGCACACACAUACAUGCAUGCACAGACAUACAAAAACACUCACGUACGCAUACACAUGUAUAUAUACACACAUAUGCACAGAGACACACACACAGUCUAUCGUUUAGCCCACUACACAGACACAACUGCUGAUAACUCGCACCAGAGCCAAAUCUGACCUUAUACUAUCUUCCUCUCCACUCCCGCCUCACUCUCUGGGGUAUUCAGCGGAGGUAGGAGAGAUGCCACCAGUACCAGCCUUAGGAUGAAGUGGUGGGAGGUGCAGGAGACAAGGGGGAAGUGUGGGAAGUUUGCAGCGAGCGAGGUUAUAUAAUGGGGUGUUGCUCUCGGCACAGACCACCGUCUGUUCGCUGGUCAAGCCGAGGAUUCUUUGAUUUCACUGGGUUUGUGUGGCAAGGCUGUGUGAGAGGGAGGGGGGAGAAAGAGAGAGAGAAAAAACAAACACAAGAGCCAGAAUCUCCCUCGCACCGAACGCCCAGCGUAAAGGAGAGGACACGGUGCACUGGGAUCAAAUGGAAUACAGAAUACAGAGUUAUACAUACACGUGCACCGACACACACAGAGGCACAUAGAGACCAAAAUAUGUACACAUAGUCACGCACGUACGGAUGCACACAGAGACACACCUGCAUAGACACAUGCACACGAGGUACGUACAGACUCAUACACACACAGAUGAGCAUACACUGACAUGCAGAGAUUUACCAGGAUGUGGCCUGGAUUAGAGCAUGGUUUACGAGAAUGGGAUGAGCGUAGAAAAGCAGAAUAUUCACCAUCCGGGGCCCCGGCCUUCCUGAUCAUGCUCUCGUUUCGUUGACGCCACCAGAAGGAGGUACAGGAGCGGGUGGGUUGGCAAGUUUGCAGAUGACACAAAGGUUGGUGGUGUUAUAGAUAGUGUAGAGGAUUGUCAAAGAUUGCAGAGACAUUGAUAGGAUGCAGAAGUGGGCUGAGAAGUGACAGAUGGAGUUCAACCCGGAGAAGUGUGAGGUGGUACACUUUGGAAGGACAAACUCCAAGGCAGAGUACAAAGUAAAUGGCAGGAUACUUGGGAGUGUGGAGGAGCAAAGGGAUCUGGGAGUACAUGUCCACGGAUCCCUGAAAGUUGCCUCACAGGUAGAUAGGGUGGUUAAAAAAUCUUAUGGAGUGUUAGCUUUCAUAAGUCGAGGAAUAGAGUUUAAGAGUCACGGGGCAAUGAUGCAGCUCUAUAAAACUCUAGUUAGGCCACACUUGGAGUACUGUGUCCAGUUCUGGUCGCCUCACUAUAGGAAGGAUGUGAAAGCAUUGGAAAGGGUACAGAGAAGAUUUACCAGGAUACUGCCUGGUUUAGAGAGUAUGGAUUAUGAUCAGAGAUUAAGGGAAUUAGGGCUUUACUCUCUGGAGAGAAGGAGGAUGAGAGGAGACAUGAUAGAGGUGUACAAGAUAUUAAGAGGAAUAGAUAGAGUGGACAGCCAGCGCCUCUUCCCCAGGGCACCACUGCUCAGUACAAGAGGACGUGGCUUUAAGGUGAGGGGAGGGAAGUUCAAGGGGGAUAUUAGAGGAAGGUUUUUUACUCAGAGAGUGGUUGGUACGUGGAAUGCACUGCCUGAGUCAGUGACGGAGGCAGGUACAUUAGUGAAGUUUAAGAGACUACUAGACAGGUAUAUGGAGGAAUUUAAGUUGGGGGGUUAUAUGGGAGGCAGGGUUUGAGGGUCGGCACAACAUUGUGGGCCAAAGGGCCUGUACUGUGCUGUAUUGUUCUAUAUGGACACAUAAACACACACUCGAACAUGUAUGCACUUACACUUAUACACAUUCUUUCAAACACACACUCAUACAUACACUCUGACAGAAACAAAUGUACUUGCAUACACAUUUCCACACACAUCCUCUCACUCAGAAUCUCUCUCUUGCUCAGACACACUCUCACACUCACAUACUCUCUCAUGCACACACAAAAUCUGACAUACACAGAAGUUUCCUUCAAUGUGGGGUUAAACAUUUCUUUAAUCACUUUGCACUGUCACCAGAUAUGUUCGGCCUUGCCUCAUCCUGCUCCAUAAUAUUGCUAAAUCAAGGUUUAAUUCCAAGGAACUAUUCAUGCUCAAACCUGUUGAAACUCUUUUUCCAUCCAAACCCUUUCCAAAAUGUCCUUCAACCAAAACCACAUCAAUGAAGUACAGAACAAUUCCACAGACUUGAAGAGAAAAGAAAUUCAACAUUACUUGAUGUGUACAAUAAAAUCUGUAGAAACCACCUUAUUAAUAAAUUCUCAAUUUUAUUUGUG